AUGCCAGGAAUUGGUCAUUUGGAGCGGAGUGGGUCUUGUUAUCGAACGAUGAAGAAAGACCUGAGAUACUGGUGGAGUCAUUGGGUACAAAAGAUAUUAAAGAACCGACAGAAUCAGUUUAGUCGAGGGCGAUCAGAAUCACACAGACCUUCAGCAAAGCCGGAAGUAUUCAGCCCCGCAUGUUUAGAGAUUCAGCCCCCGCAUAUUUUCCGGAAAGAUUCCGAAAGGAGCUGCGAGUGCCCCAAACACGGUGGUUCCAGUAGAAAAAACAACGACAUCGGUAAUUCAUAA